AUGCUUGCUUCUACUCUUAGAAACUCUGUUCGUUCCUCGAGAUCUGCUUUCACCUCAAUUGGUGCAAUUAGAACUAAAGUUUCCUUACCAGACUUGGACUGGGAUUUCAAUGCUUUGGAACCUCACAUCUCUGGUAAAAUCAAUGAGCUUCACUACCUCAAGCACCACCAAACUUAUGUGAAUGGCUACAACCAAGCCAUUGAACAACAUGCCGAGGCAAAGGCAAAGGGUGAGGUCAAGAAGACCAUCGAAUUGCAAAAGGCCAUCAACUUCCAUGGAGGAGGCUACACUAACCAUUGCUUGUUCUGGAAAAACUUGGCCCCUGAGAAACAAGGUGGAGGUGCUCCUCCAUCGGAAGAUUCCGAAUUUGCCAAGAAGAUUACUGAGCAAUACGGAUCUCUUGACAACUUGAAGGCAAUCACUAAUGCCAAGUUAGCUGGUAUCCAAGGAUCAGGUUGGGCUUUCAUCGUCAAGAACAAGGAGAACGGUGGUGAAUUGGACGUUAUUACCACUAUGAACCAAGACACAGUAGGCGGUCCUUUAGUGCCAUUGGUCGCCAUCGAUGCUUGGGAGCAUGCAUACUACUUGCAGUACCAAAACGUCAAGGCUGAUUACUUCAAGGCUAUUUGGAACGUCAUUAACUGGAAGGAAGCUGAAAAGAGAUUUUUGGUUAACUAA